AUGGGCAACCAGAAUUCCAAGGAUGCCAGCGCCGGCUCCAAGGGCACCGGAAGCGGCGACGACGCGCUGCAGUCGUACCCCUCCUUCAGCCGCUCGGACACCAGGGACUCGUCGCGCUCGUUCCGCUCGCUCCGAUCCAAAAUCCCAGGCUCCGGAAAGACAGACAGCCCCAGGGGCUCGACUAUCCUGUCGAACGGCGAUUCCUCCUUAGAGAGAUCCGACGUGGGUUCGCCCACGCCGGGGAAGAAUGGGAGAUCUCCGCAUGGCCGCGGCAACCGCUCUGAUUCUCUUCCUAGCCCGAGUUCACCUUCCUCACCCGAUGCUGCCGGAGUAGGGUCCCCGCUUUCCGAGGAGAUCCCGCCGCCAUCCCCUAUCCAGUCGCAAUCCAUGAAGGUGGGAACACAUGACGUCGCGGCCGCUCAAGCGAGCGGAGAGGUCGAUCAGGUCUCCGACCAGCCGCCCUCUGGCUCGGCGGGUGCGGAUCUGGCUGCACAACAGCCUGGGCAGAGUAUUUUGGUCAAGCGCGGGGAUACCGCGAUUCCGGUGUAUGACAGUUAUACGCAGGGCUCCUCCAAGGACGAGAAUGGAACAGGAAUCGCCAUGAACGACAUCCAGGAUAUCGACCUCGAUGACUUCAUCAAACGCCUGUUGGAUGCGGCUUACGCUGGAAAGGUCACGAAGAGCGUGUGCCUGAAGAAUGCCGAGAUCACCGCCAUCUGCCAUCGCGCCCGCGAAGUUCUGUUGUCUCAGCCGGCGCUGCUUGAGCUGGACGCUCCGGUCAAGAUCGUCGGCGACGUUCACGGUCAAUACACGGAUCUGAUCCGCAUGUUUGAGAUGUGUGGGUUCCCGCCCAAGUCCAACUACUUGUUCCUCGGCGACUACGUGGACCGCGGCAAGCAAUCGCUCGAGACGAUCCUGCUGCUGCUCUGCUACAAGCUCAAGUACCCCGAGAACUUCUUCCUCCUUCGUGGCAAUCACGAGUGUGCCAAUGUCACCCGAGUGUACGGCUUCUACGACGAAUGCAAGCGGAGGUGCAACGUCAAGGUGUGGAAGACCUUCAUCGAUACGUUCAACUGCCUGCCCAUCGCCGCCAUUGUGGCCGGCAAGAUUUUUUGCGUUCACGGUGGCCUAUCACCGGCGCUCAGCCACAUGGACGACAUCCGAAACAUUGCGCGGCCGACGGAUGUCCCCGACUAUGGCCUUCUCAACGAUUUGCUCUGGUCUGAUCCAGCCGAUAUGGAGCAGGAUUGGGAGGCCAACGAGCGAGGCGUUAGUUAUUGCUUCGGGAAGAAGGUCAUUACGGACUUCCUGGCGGCCAACGACUUCGACCUGGUCUGCCGGGCUCACAUGGUGGUGGAGGAUGGUUACGAGUUUUUCACGGACCGUGUCUUGGUCACCGUAUUCAGCGCACCGAACUACUGCGGAGAGUUUGAUAACUGGGGCGCUGUCAUGUCCGUGUCAACCGAGCUCCUGUGCAGCUUCGAGCUGCUCAAGCCCUUGGAUUCAAACGCCCUCAAGCACCACAUCAAGAAGGGCAGGAACAAGCGAGCCCAGAUGCUUAACAGCCCACCUGCUGGGUUGUACCCCCAAAGCGUUUGA